AUGAGAGUCUCUCCAGUCAAGAUCCAGGGCUAUGAGGGGAUCCGCUUGGAAGAAGCCGACGUUCUCGUCGUUGGCUCGGGUCCGAUCGGCGCGGUGUUUUCUCGCACGCUAGUCGAGAAUGGGCGGAAGGUUCUCAUGAUAGAUGUCGGGAAUCAAGAAACCAAGCGGAUUGGAGACCACAAGAAGAACAGUGUGGCGGUCCAGCGAGACAUCAGUCUUUUCACCAAGUACGUGUCACUGACCCCCUUCAUCAAGAAUGGGCAGAAUCCGAACCAAAAGGCCGUGGACAAUCUCCCCGCCGCGGCAGCCACGCGCCUCGUCGGCGGGAUGGGUGGCCACUGGACUUGCUGUACGCCUCGUGAACAUAAGGACAUCGAGCGAUCCGAUCUCUUCUCCGAUAGCGAAUGGAACGAUCUUUACACCCGAGCUGAAAAGCUCUUCUGGACCGACAGGACGCUCUUUGACAAGUCCAUCCGCGGAGGUCUCGUCAAGUCUGUCUUGACGGCAGCCUACGAGAAGAAGGGACGCGAGGUUCUGAGCAUGCCUCUCUCUGGUAAGAGGAGUGCUAAGAAUGAGGAGUUUGUCGAAUGGGGGUGUACUGCUACGAUCCUUGGCGACGAGCUCUCUGAUCCUAGCAAGGAGCACGACACUUUCGAGUUGCGCGCCAACUCUCAGUGUGUCAGACUGAUCGUGAACCAGGCCUCUGGUGAAGUUGAAGCAGCUGAAGUAGAAAACCUUCUUGGUGCUGAGAAGUAUCUCAUUCAAGCCAAGAAGUACAUCAUUUGCGCAGGAGCUGUCUUGACCCCGGGUAUCCUGUGGAACUCGGGUGGUCUCAAAGACACCCUUCCCGCGUUGGGCCGUUACUUAACGGAGCAGCCAAUGGCCUUUUGCCAGAUUGUACUGAAGAAGACUCACGUGCUAGAUAUUGCCAGCGAUUCACACGGGCUUGGCUGGGAAACUGCAGUCAACGAGCACAAGUCCAAGUUUCCCAACGACCCACUUCCCAUCCCCUUCAACGAUCCCGAUCCUCAGGUCUACUUCCCAUUGACCAAUAAGCACCGAUGGCACACUCAGAUCCAUCGCGAUGCAUUUGGGUACGGAGAAGUCCCAUCAUCCAUCGAUCAGCGCCUCGUGGUUGAUCUUCGCUGGUUCGGAUACACCGAGCCUAGCAAGGACAACUACGUUGAGUUCUCGACGGAUGUCAAGGACCAGUUCGGGAUGCCACAGCCAACAUUCCACUACACGAUCAACGACAGUGAUGCCAAGCGCUGCUCUGAAAUGAUCACUGACAUGGUCGAUGUUGCCAGGAACCUCGGCGGCUUCCUACCCGGCGCCGAGCCCAAGUACCUCGCACCCGGAUCCGCCCUUCACAUCUGCGGCACCUACCGAGCUGGCCAUGAUAAGAAGAGCCUCGAGGAAUCGAAGAAAGAAAGCGUGGUGGAUCGUUUUGGCAGAGUCUGGGGCCAGAAGAACCUGGUCCUCGGCGGCUGCGGUAUCAUUCCUACGCAGAAUGCCUGCAACCCGACGCUGACGGCAGCCGCCUUUGCGCUUGCUGCUGCUGAUCAGAUGAUCAAGGACUUGGACGAGCAGAAUGACGAGUAG